AUGAAACGAGUUUACGUUUAUGUGAACAAAGAUAACAAACAUGGUAAAAUUGUGGCAGUGGAAGACACGUUUGAAGACUUUAAAAGAAAGCUAUCACGACUUUUCCGACUGACUCUUGAAAAUUUUAAAUUAUAUUCAAAUGAUUGUGAAAUUGAAGAUGUGGAAGUAAUUAGAGAUGAUGAUAAAAUAUAUUUAUGUCUUGACUCAGACGAAGAGAAGGAUUGUGAUAUAGUUAUUAGUUCCAUGCAAGAUAUGACGGUAAGUGAUAGAACUGCUGCUCAUGUAGAGAGGGCUGUUUCCGACUGGAUUACUUUAAAUGUUGGUGGUAAACACUUUACAACAUCACGAGCUACACUUCUAGGCAAAGAACCAUUGUCUAUGCUUGCCAGAAUGUUUGCAGAUGACAAAAAUGUGUACUUAAUGAAUCCAAGCGCUGUAGAUUCCACUGGAGCAUACUUGAUUGACAGGAGCCCAGAGUAUUUUGAGCCUAUUUUGAACUACUUGAGGCAUGGCAAUGUGAUAUUAGAUAAGCAUAUGAACCCUAGAGGUGUUUUGGAAGAAGCAGUUUUCUAUGGCAUAGACUCCAUGAUUCCUCAACUAAAUAAGUUAAUAGAGGAAUCACACAACAGUAGCGGCUCGAAUCAAGCCUUGACCCGAAUGGAUGUUGUACGGUCCAUAGUAAUGACGUCCACAUCCUUGGAGCUGAGAUUUCAAGGAGUUAAUUUAAGUGGAGCUGACCUAAAUAGGCUGGACCUGAGGUAUAUUAAUUUUAAGUACGCUUGUCUGUCACGGUGCAACUUGAGCGGUGCCAAUUUGUCACACUGUUGUCUUGAACGAGCUGACUUAUCCCACGCCAACUUGGAGGGUGCACAAUUAUUGGGUGUAAAAGCUUUAUGUGCCAAUAUGGAAGGUGCCAAUUUAAAAAGCUGCAAUAUGGAGGAUCCGGUUGGAUCACGAGCUGUCAUGGAAGGAGUGAACUUGAAAGGUGCGAAUCUAGAGGGUAGCAACAUGUCGGGCGUUAAUUUACGCGUGGCAACACUUAAGAAUGCAAACUUACAGAACUGUGAUCUCAGAGCGGCUGUGUUAGCAGGAGCUGAUUUAGAGUGUUGUGACUUGUCUGGCAGUGAUCUUCAUGAAGCGAAUUUACGAGGUGCCAAUUUGAAAGACGCGGCUUUCGAACUUAUGCUGACACCGCUACACAUGUCCCAGACAAUCAGAUAA